GUCGUUUGCAAUCCCUAGGGUUCUAGGGUUCCCAAUUUCAACUUUCGAUUUGGUACCAAAAUUCAGUUUUCGAUUUGAAUACUAAAAUUGCGUUGAAAUUGAGCUUUGCAGAAUGGCGACGAAUCGGAAGAGCAACGAAGACGACGAGCCAAACGGUGCUCCGGAGACCGACCGGUGGUACAGCCUAACCCUAGGUUCUUCCUUCGUGGACCACCGUCCCUCCCCCAAGUUCUGCACCUUACGCUAUGAAUUUAAACCGGCUUCAAUUGACAAGAACCAACCAGGGUUGUUACACAAGAGCAAGGACAAUAGAGUUGCAUUAGAAUUUCACAACAACCAAUACGGAAAACCAAAAGUGACUUUUGAAGGUGUGAGUGAGGAUCACAAGAAAGACGAAGCCGUUUUGUUCUUUGAUGGUGAGGGUUUUCGGUUGGAGAGGUUGCACCGAGCAGUGAAGCGGUUGAGGCAUGUCAGGCUGCCUGGUGAAUCUGCAGCUCCAGUGGCCGCAGUCACGAGUACAUCAGUUUCAGCGGUGGAAUCUUAUUCUCCACCAACCGGUGGCAAAGGACCAAAGCUUCAGUCGUUGAACAAGGACAUUCUUCCUAAUAUGCCACCGGUGGAGAUGAAAGAAAUUGAUAUCAACAGCUCAGCGAGCUUAGACCCAGGGCCAAAACCUGAAACCGGUGAGGAUUUAGACUGUCCGCCUUCCUUACCAAAUCCACCAACUGCAUCUCCUGAUGCACAAAGAAGCGAUGAAAUGGAGGAAGAAGUGGAUGUUGUCAUUGAUGAUGAUGACAAUGAAGAUGACGGUGAUAAUGAUGAUGAUAUAUCUGAGAAGGGAAGAUCUCCUGGAAAGGAAUUUCACACCGGCAUUGACAUUAACUUACCUCAUCCAGGAGAUAUGGAUGAUGAGAUUGCUGAUGCGGAUAUAAGUGAUGAUGUGAUGUAUAAUGGCCCAAAUGCUGCCAAAGCGCUCAGAGGUCAGGUUAAUGCUGAGGUGGGAGAGAAGCACACUGAUAUGGAUGAUGAGGUUGUGGAUGUUAGUGAUGAUGUGAUGGAUAACGGCCCAAAUGCUGCAGAAGCCCUCAAAGCUCAGGUGAAUGCCGAGGUGGGAGAGAAGCAGACUUAUCUGGAUGAUGAGAUUGUGGAUGUAAGUGAUGAUGUGAUGGAUAAUGGCCCAAAUGCUGCUGAAGCCCUCAGAGCUCAGGUGAAUGCCGAGGUGGGAGAGAAAGAGACGUCAAGCUCAAAUGAUACUAGUGGGAGUGAGAGUAGCAGUGGAAGCGGAAGCGGAAGUGGAAGCGAAAGUGAAAGCGAGAGUGAGAGUAGCAGCAGUGAUAAUGAAAGCAGUGAAGGUGGCGACUCAGUAAAUUCUAUCUAGGUAAAUGAAAGAAUACAUUGCAUAGAGGUUUCAUAGCUAAGUAGUUAGUACAUAACCUAGCCUAGCAUUAAUGCGAUCAUCCACAAACCAAUGCUCCUCGGAAGUGCGGACCGCUAAACUCGAAAAAGUGAUGUGAGGUGUAAUUUAGUUGG